CUCUGUUUUACACUGACGAUAAGAUCUUAAAGUAGUGGCGGAAACCCGAAAUUUACAAUUGAGGCUUUGGUUGCGGAGUGUCUCCUCCGAACUUCCGAGCGUAUACAAUCUUACAUAUCACAGUCCUGCGCCAUGGUCCUCCAUAGUUUUACAGUAGGGAUUGCAGUUGCGGAGAGAUAGAGAAAGAAGUGAACCAAAAUCUAUUAUUGGGUUAGGGCCUUUCAGCGACAACGAUACCUUUUGGGCGGCUUCAGGCUCUGCCAUCGCCGUAGAGAUUGAAAGGAGGUUUCUUGGGCAUUUUGGUUGGUUUUGAUAGUGGAAUCUAAAUCAGAAAAUGGCACAUUCCUUGAGUUUGGUCUGUACAGGCCUCCAUAAAUUUGGAUUGAGUCCUCAAAACAGAGUUUCACAUGGGAAAUAUGGAGUUUUUACUUUGAGACCCUCGCCAGGGUUUCUUCGUGUUCGGGCAGUGCAGGAGACUGGAGGGUCUCGGAGACUAGUUGAUAUCAUCAGAAAUGUGCCAGAGCUCUCAAGGAACUAUUUUCGAAGUCCAUCUCGGAGGGCUCUCUUUGGGGGAAUCUCUUUGUUGGGUGGCUUUUAUGUUGCACAAACGAUAUCUCUUUCAUUUGGAGCUUUAGGAGUCAACGACGUUAUUGCUUCAGUAGUGUGUGUUCUCCUGACAGAGUAUGUGACCAAAUUUUAUUACAGUCGACCAAAAGUAACAUUCCCUGUUGCUCUUCUCAACAACUUCAAAAUGGGAUUCACUUAUGGUUUGUUCAUCGAUGCUUUUAAGCUUGCCAGUUAAUGGCAUAUUGUGUAACCCCUUUUGGUUUGUCUAUGUAAAGUUCUCUGUUUAUAUUGAUAUAGAUUAAAAGAUACAUUUCCCAAUUAUACACACUCCCACUUCUUUAUUUACUUUUCCCCAUAUGCCAAGUUGGCUUUGAUUUCCCAAUUAUAAACAUUAUUGUUGUAUGGUUUGCCAAAA